GUCCUACUUCAGACUGGCUUUGUCAGGCGAGACUGAAGACGAAAAUAGCGAAAAUUCAGCGAAAGGCAUGAGGGAUCAUUUCCUGAUGUCAUCUGAUUGGAACAAAAAUGAGCUAGACUCUGACACAGAAGAUGAAUUAUAUUGGAAAUAAAAUACUGCUUGAAGGCUUUGCUUUGUGUGGAACUUUUUCUGGGACGUCUGGUGAUUGUCUCAGGAUAUAGAUAUGUCUGACAAAACUAAUUUGGUGGAGGGUGUAGUGCCGGAGUCAUCUCCCCUUAGGAAGAUACGAUCACGGAUGGUGGCGGAUGGCUACAAUGCCUUAGAACAAAAUGGACAUGCUGCCGAACAUGAAAUGGUAGUCCUUGAAGACACAGAUAAGGAUACGCGCAAAAGAGAAGAGCAUGAUCGUGAAAGAAAAAAGCUGCGUCAGAUGACAUUUUUUCUGGGAGUGGCUGUAUUGUUAAUUGUUUUAUUGUCUACAUUGUUGGUUUGGCAACAUUUCAUCACCACAGAAACGCCAUGUGUCAGUCCCUCCUGUGUGGAGUCAGCCGGAUAUAUUGUGUCCAAGAUGGACUUCUCUACAGAUCCCUGCAAGGAUUUUUACACCUACGCCUGUGGGGGGUGGGAGAAGAAGGCGGAGCCUCCACCAAAUAAACCCAAGUGGAGCACGUUCUCAGCGACAUACAAGAAAAACUCAGUUGUGUUGAAAAAUCUUUUAGAGAAAGACGAUGGAAUGUAUUUGGGGAAAACCUCAACGGCUGUGAAAAAAUCCCAGGAAUACUUCAAGCUGUGCAUGAACAACACUGCUGUGGAGGAAAGGGGAAUUACUCCAGCUCUGAAGUUGAUCAAAGAACUAGGGUCGUGGACAGUGACAUCAGACCAGGUUUCUGGUCAGUGGGACAAGAGUAAUUGGAAACCGAUGGAUACCCUGGUGAAAGUACAUAAGUACAAUGAAGCGGCCCUGUUUGGUAUGGGGGUUGGGACAGACGAUAAGAACAACACAGCAAACAUCAUCACAUUUAGCCAGGGUGGCCUGACCCUCAGCUCCAGGGAGGGCUACCUGACCGGUGACCAUGAGAACCUCCACAAGGCCUUCCUCAGGUUCUCCACACAGUACGCCAAACUCCUGGGCGGCGACAACGACACAGAGGCAAAGAUGGAGCAAGUUUAUCAGUUUGAAAAACAGCUAGCUGAGAUUUUCGUUAAGGAAGAAGAUAUGCUGACCCCCUCACAAACCUAUCACAAGAUGACCAUUGCACAAUUUCAGACACUCAUUGGAAAUUCAAUACCACUCCAGGAGUAUCUCACCGCUAUGUUUGGUGAAAACAUCCCAGAGACGGAGAAUGUAAUAGUCACGACUCCAGACUACUUCAAGAAACUUGACCCACUGUUGCAGAAAACUAAACCAGAAGUGUUGGUUGACUAUUUGGUGUGGAGCCUGAUGCAGGCCGUGCCAGGGUACCUUCCAAGUGACUUCUCCAAGGCGGCUCUGGAAUUGGACCGUGUAGAAUCAGGUGUCACAGAGCUCGGACCAAAGUGGUGGCGAUGCGUCUCUAAGGCUGACUCAGCCUUCGGGUUUGCUACAGGUGGCCUGUAUGUGGAAGAUCCAAGCCGGUUUCACCCAGAUACGAAGAAAAAGAUUGAGGACAUUCUGGGUGAGAUCCAAGACACUUUCAUAGAGGAACUGCCCACCGUUGAUUGGAUGUCCCCAGAAGUCAAGGAAAUCGCAAUAGAGAAAGCUCGAGCAGUGAAAAAGAAAGUGGCGUACCCAGACUGGGUAAAACGCCCGUCCAAGCUUGACAAGUAUUAUGAAAAGGUGGUGAUGACUGAUAGCUUCUUUGAAAGCAUGUUGAAUAUAAGAAGAUUUUAUCUGGAAAAGGAUAUGGACAAGCGAGGAAAGCCCCCAGAUGUUAGCAUAUGGAGUCAGACACCAGCAGUUGUGAAUGCUUAUUACAGUCCUUCCCAUAAUUACUUUGCCUUCCCAGCUGGCAUUUUACAACGGCCGUUCUAUGAUCCAGAUUUUCCAGAGCCAUUCAACUAUGGGUCCAUCGGGUUUGUUAUGGGUCAUGAGCUGACACACGGCUUUGACAAUACAGGUCGUCUGUAUGACAAGCAAGGAAACCUGCACAACUGGUGGAACAACCAAUCAUUGGAGGCCUUCAAGGAAAGGUCAAAGUGCAUGAUUGAGCAGUAUGACAAAUACAAAAUACAAGGGAGAUCGGUGAGGGGGGACCGAACUCUGGGUGAGAACAUUGCAGACAAUGGGGGUAUCAAGGUGGCUUAUCGAGCCUAUCAGAAGUGGUUGAUGAACAACACACCUGCCAAGCAGCUACCUGGACUACCUCCCAGCGAUCUCAAGUUGUUUUUUAUUGGGUUUGCUCAGGUGUGGUGCUCAUAUUAUACACCUGCCUAUGCCAGAACAGCCCUUCUCACUGAUGCUCACUCCCCAGCCAAAUACAGAGUGAUAGGAACUUUAUCAAAUUCUGAAGAAUUCAGUGAUGCGUUCAACUGUAGGAAAGGUGCCACACUUAUGAACCCAGAGAACAAGUGUCAGGUGUGGUGAGGUAAUGCAGAGGACCAUACAUCCAAGGGAGGCAACUUCAUAAGUAAAUUAAAGACCAGAAGACAUGGUUUUACCCAUGAAGGCUUGAAGAAGAUGCGUUUUCAACAUUGCCAAAUGGAAUAGAAAAUGUGUAGGCUGCUAACACAACAUUUUAUAAGAAGCUAUCCAGUGUUGAUAUUACUAAUUCAAUGUUCUAAAAUGAGUCUAGGAACUCCUCGCAGUCUAUACUAUAUAUUUUGCAUUUUCUGAAUGUAUCUUACAUGUAUGUGUAAAUUCAGCCAGAAAAAAUGUUUAAAUUGAAUACAAUUUUUAACCGUGCCUUACCAUAUUUGCUUUCUCUCUGUCUUUAUAAUUACGCUUUAUUUUUAACAAGAAUUGAAAUGCUCAAAAAACAACUGGCUGAAUGUUUCAUCUCAUUUUAAUCAGUAUUGCAUGCAUGUUUUUGUGGUUAAGCUUGUAAAAGCCUUGAAAUUUAGACUAUAAAACCAGCCUGAGCUAGAGUUUGUAGAUUGCUGACAUUCUUAUGGAGAAAUUCUGUGAAAUUUCUUAGUACACUUCUCUCUACACAUCUGCAUGUAUGUCAGAAACUGAGAGUUCAUCUAUUAAGGUCAUGUGUAACCAUUGUGAAGGUCUGUCAGCAACCUGCAGAUGGUCGUGGGUUUCCCCCGGGCUCUGCCAGGUUUCCUCCCACCAUAACGCUGGCCGCCGUGGUAUAAGUGAAAUAUUCUUGAGUACAGCAUAAAACAUGUAUCAAAUAAAUAAAUAAAUAGAAUGUUCAUUUCAGAUAGCCUGGAAAAUGUGUGUACAGUGUAUGUAUGCUGCUUCACUAGUUAAGGAUAGGUAGUUUAUGACUAUAGUUUGCACACAUUUUGUUACAGUACUGUAGGAUAGGCAUUAAAGUGGCUGUAGGAUGGACAUAUUGUAGCAGUACUAUAGGAUAGGCAUUAAAAUAGCUGUAGGAUGAACAUAUUGUAGCAGUACUGUAGGAUAGGCAUUAAAGUUGCUCUAGGAUGCACAUUUUGUAGCAGUACUAGAGGAUAGGCAUUGAAGUGGCUUUAGGAUGAACAUAUUGUAGCAGUACUGUAGGAUAGGCAUUAAAAUAGCUGUAGGAUGAACAUAUUGUAGCAAUACUAUAGGAUGUGCAUUAAAAUAGCUGUAGGAUGGAUAUUUGUACAGCUCUAUGAUACAUGGGUAAAGAAUUCAUUUGACCAUAUGGAGAUUACCCAAUCCUUUAAUAUUUGACUUGCUCCAAAACUUUUUAGACACGUUUGUUUACCAUGGCAUGAACACUGAUUGUGCAAUCUUUUGUAGCUUUAUGGCUUCUACGGUUUUGUAUGCUGAAUAGAUGUAUAUGUUGUUUUAAUAGAUGUAUAUUAAAAGUCAUAAGUGGGAAGGUCUGGCAGCAACCUGCGGAUGGUCAUGGGUUUCCUCCCAGGCUCUGCCCGGUUUCCUCCCACCAUAAUGCUGGCUGUCAUCAAAUGAGUGAAACAUUCUUGAGCACAGCGGAAAACACCAAUCAAAUAAAUAAAUAAAUAUUGAAAGUCGUUAUUUAGUCCACUUAUUUUCCAAGGUUAAAAGUAUAUACUUUUCAACACUUUUUUACUGUUCCUUUUUUUUAAAGAAUCUAUUUAGAACUGGGCAUGAUCUCACCCAGCAAUAUUCAGUUGUGUGUCAGUGUGAUAAUUACAAGAGCUUUCUAUUCUAUUUGUGAAUAGAAAAUGGGAUUAAUAAACCUCUUCAGAUUUGGUAGGAAAAGUUGUUUUCUAAAUAAUUUUCAAAUUACCUUUUAGGGGUAAAUACAGUGUCUAAGUUAUUUUAAAAAAAUAUUCCUACAUUGAUUGUUAUUUCUGCCCAGUGAUGGGUGAUGUGAUGUCUUCGUUACAAACACACAGUUUAGUUGAUACAUAUAUAUGGUUUAUUUGUAUAUAAAUGAAACUGGGUGGGUAGCCGACAUUAAGCACCAUGUAGUGCCCAGUUUUUUAAUGUUCACCAUUUGUCAUCAUGGCAGUGGAUGGCGUUCAAUGGCCUGUGCAAGGGGAAGCAAAUCUUGUAACUCUGGAACAACAGCACCCUCUGCAUUGUUGAAUAGCAGCUGUGACUGUCCAUUUUGUAUUGUUCCCAGUGCUUAAGAAUUACAAGAUUUGCCUGAGUUUAUGGAAAGUCUGUGAACCUGAUUAAGAUAUUGAUUCAGGACACGGGUCAAAAUGGUUUUUAUGGUAUUGCUAAAAUUUUAUGUUUGAUUAACAGGGAGAGGAUGUUCUUAGGCUCAACAUAUGCAUAAACAUGACAGGCUGACAAUAAGAGCCAUUUGUGGAAUUGUGAUAUUUUCACAUUGUCUUUCAGCGAUACAUGUGUCUGUAUUUGUCCAGUGUACAAUGUCCUUGUGUCAUUUGUAUGUGAUAGUCAAAAAUCAAAAAUACACUGGGUGGCAUACACAGACAGCAGUUUCCUCCCAUGGGGUGGCAUACACAGACAGCAGUUUCCUCCCAUGGGGUGGCUUACACAGACAGCAGUUUCCUCCACCCAUAAAUCUCACCGUCUCAGACUUUAAUCAAAAACCAAGCUAUGUGUCCUAAUAUACACAACCUUUCUUUUGUUUUCUGUGCUGCCCAAGUUUGUAGAUGUUAGCCAGAAAAGGCAGCCUUAUUUGUAAAGUGAUUCCAUAAAUAUAAUAAUUAGACCAAGCUUAAUUUUUACAAGACUUUGUAAUUCAAUUUUUUUUUAUGUUGUGAUAACUUUGUUGUAAAUCCCAUUCCCUUAAAGAUUUUUUACCUCUACUACAUAAUUCCUGAAAAGAUUUAGGGGUGAAACACAAAUAGGAUGCCUUUCAAAAGUUGCCUUUGUAAAUCUUUCCAUGGUUUAGCUUUGCUUUAGUGUAGCAAUGAUGUAUAAUUUUGACAAUGUAGUAAACGCAAAUUGAGUAACCUUAGGUUUUAUGGGUGUAGUCAAAUUUUCAACCACUGGUGAAUUUUUUCAGACAGAAUAGUAGAAAUAAAUCUCCCAGAAAAGGAAAAGUCUUUAGUUUAGGUUUUCAGGAUUAGGUUUUAAGAAUUGUGUGGACCAUUGUUUUAAACUAAUACUGAAAUAUUGAAUACUAACAACGACUUUUUCCAGAGCUAGUUCCAAUUGUGAUGAAAUGUAUCCAAUAUGCAAUGUGUAUCUUUGAGUGUGUGUGUUGGGCAGUAAUGUUCAUAAAACAUGAACUACAAGCAACAUGUGCAAUUCAUGUAUUAGAAGAAGACAGUGAUGUAUGCAGUAGUGGUACUCACCAUAAACUAAGCCGCAUUUGCUUUCUUGUUCAAGCCUCAGUAUUUGCGUGUAUAUUAGACAAUGCUAUGUAAAAGUGGUAUUCGCCAUGAAGUGCCUUUAUUGUAAGUAUUUUGUCCAAAUAUGAGUAAUUUGUCUUUGAGGCAGUGAGAUAUAUUACUGUAUAUGUACAUGUAUAUAUAAGCAGUUGUGGUAUUCACCAUAAA